AUGGAAUAUCCGACUCCAUUUCUUGCGCCGGUAAACUCCACUGACGGGAGCCCCGACGGAUCUCUGGUUCCUGACUCUGAGAUACCUCCAAUUGCGCUUCCUAGCCAACUCUUCAGCCCUCCUCUCACUCUUACACCCUCCUCGGAGCCGAAUAGCGAAACCGGACCCGCGAUGUCGAAGUCCAAGGACAGCAGCUCCUCCGGGAGCUUCCAUCAGGAGUAUAUCGCGUCUUUGCGCUACCGGAAUGACCUCCCCCCUCCUGAUAUGCCGCCCAAGUUUCUCGAUAUUCCGCAUGAGGGCUUAGAGAGAUUCUUAACGCCUGGUUUUGCGUCCAACCUGGCGAGACGCGAGGAACCUAACAUUGACGUGGACGCUGAGGGUGGUAUGCCGAUUGACCUCGUUGGUAUUCCUGGACUUCAUCUGGGCGAUGAAAGUGCUAUAAUGGCAUCCGAGAAUUCCCAACCGAUUGAUCCCGCCGACCUCCCUCUUCUCAUGACUCUGGACCAGCUGAAGAACCCCGCACCCAAGAACGCCAACGUCAGUUUCCUUCGUCGCACUCAGUACAUCUCUGCGGGUCUUCGCGCACCCGAUGGCCCCAAAGUAACACCUAUUCGAGCGAAACCUCGCUCGAUGGAUAAACCCAAAUCGCAAGAUGAUCCGACGUAUAUCAAAAAGUACAUUCAAAAAGGAUUCGAUAUUGCCUAUCCGGAUAGCAAACAUGUUGGAGAAGAUACGGCGAGCAGGAUCAAAGGACACACUCCUACCAAGCUUGAGGUCGAUUCCUGGGCUCACCCUGUUCAUCCUGACAAUCCUAAACUAAAGCCAGUUGGUUUCUUCCCUCUGCUUCCCGAUCUUCAGGGAUUCCCAGAUCCCGGAGGGUUUGUUCAAUUUAAAUUCGACAAGGCACCUAUUCAAGGGACCUCAGGAAAGAGAGACGAGCGUAUCGAUGUCGGUAUCCUUCUUCCAUCUGCUCCAGAAGAGCGAAUCUGCCAGGAACACGCAACCAAGGCCGCUCUACAUAAAUCAAACCCCAGCCUUUACCCUGACCCUGGUCCGGUCCCAUGGGAUUACGAUCUUUUCUUGCCUGAGAAGAAGGAAUCCGCCAAGAAGGUCAUCGCAAGCUUGCGACUUGAGAAUCCCGAUCGCGACAGUGAGGAGCUGUACACUCACGAAGGAGCCGACGGAACAAAAUUCCAUCGUUUCGACCGCAUGCGCACAUUCGCUACCAGUGCGCAGACACUCGGCAAUGACCAGAAGCAGCGCGAUGUAGCCUUGACUCUCUUCAACCCAGCGGAGGCCAAGGAAGGACAACAGACGAAGCAGAGAGGUGCAUACUACUAUCCCAUCCUUGGAAAGACACGUCUCAAGCCCGAGCGUGCGCGUACCAUCGCGCAAGCCGGUCUGGCUCCUACUCAGGCCAAGACAAAGGAGGACCAGGUGGAUCAGAUCCAGGUUGUUGUUCGCGACCCGGAUGAGGCCGAAGUGUACAAACGCUCUCUGCACCGGGCCGCUAUUGAUCCAAAGUUUGCGAAAUCUAUGCCCCCUCCCCCAGAGAAUUUGAACGAGCAGGAAGCCCCCGAAGAGCAGCACUCUGACAGAGAGGAAGCUGGAGCCGACGGCCGCGAUCAUCAUUCAGAUGCUCAAGAUGCAAGCGAAGAAGAAGACAGAAUGAGCGACGAAUAG